CAAUAUAACAUCUCAAAACAAUGUUCUAAGUUAAAAAUAGGUAUCUAUAUAUCAAAGGUAUAAUAUAUAGAUAGAUAACUAGAACAAAAAAAACACAAAAAAAGGAAGAUCAUCAUGGAAACUAUCUUAAGCUCACGUAAACAAAUUCUCCUUGUAACGUUUGUUGUGCUCUUAGCAAUGGAAGCCAUAGCUAUGGUUUCGGCGUUCGAUUAUGGUGGUGCUCUUGAUAAAAGUUUGCUGUUUUUUGAGGCUCAAAGAGCUGGUAAACUACCAUAUAACAAUAGAAUCAAGUGGCGUGCUGAUUCUUCCAUGCGUGAUGGGUAUUCUCAAGGAGUGGACUUGGUAGGAGGAUAUUACGAUGCAGGAGAUCAUGUGAAGUUUGGGCUACCAAUGGCCUACUCAGUCACAAUGUUGUCAUGGGCCGCAGUUGAUUUCAACAAGGAUAUAAUAGCUGCUAACCAAUUGGGUCACACAUUGUGGGCUAUUAGAUGGGGAACUGAUUAUUUCCUUAAGGCCCAUACCCAUCCAAAUGUUCUUUGGGCACAGGUGGGAGAUGGAGAAUCUGACCAUCUUUGUUGGGAGCGAGCAGAGGAUAUGACAACAUCAAGAACUGCUUAUAAGUUGGACUCUUCCAACCCUGGCUCUGAUUUAGCCGGAGAAACCGCCGCUGCCUUGGCGGCCUCCUCGUUGGCUUUCCGGCCAUACAACUCCUCCUACUCUCAACUCCUUUUGCAACAUGCUGAGCAGCUUUUCUACUUUGCCAAUACUUUUAGAGGACUUUAUGAUGAUUCCAUCACAAAUGCUGCAAAAUACUAUACAUCCUCUGGCUAUCAAGACGAGUUACUGUGGUCUGCAGCUUGGCUAUAUAGAGCAACCAACAAAGACUACUACUUGAAGUAUGUGGUGCAAAAUGCUGCUUACAUGGGUGGAACUGGUUGGGCUGUUAAGGAAUUUUCUUGGGAUAACAAGUAUGCUGGUGUCCAAAUUCUUCUUUCUAAGAUAUUAUUGGAAGGUAAAGGUGGAGCAUAUACAUCCACAUUGAAGCAGUAUCAAGCUAAGGCAGAUUACUUUGCUUGCUCUAUCCUACAAAAGAACAAUGACUAUGACGUUCAACUUACUCCUGGUGGCUUAGUGUACGUGAGACAAUGGAACAACAUGCAAUACGCAUCCUCUGCAGCGUUCCUCCUCGCCGUCUACUCCGAUUAUCUCUCACAAGGAAAGGCUGUGGUUAACUGCCCUGAAGGAACAAUGAAACCACAGGACCUCCUUAACUUUGCUCAGUCUCAGGCUGAUUACAUCCUAGGUAAAAAUCCCAAGUCCAUGAGUUACUUGGUAGGAUUUGGAAAGAACUACCCUACACAAGUGCACCAUAGAGGAGCAUCCAUUGCUGCUAUCUCAGUUCACAACGCUCAGGUUGGGUGUGUCCAAGGGUUUGAAGAAUGGUAUCAUCGUUCGAGUGCAAACCCAAAUGUGGUGCAUGGAGGUCUUGUAGGAGGUCCAGACAACAACGAUGAGUAUGAUAAUGAUCGAUCCAACUACGAGCAAACUGAGCCUACAUUGUCUGGUACCGCUCCUCUUAUAGGCCUAUUCUCCAAGUUAAGGAGCACAAACACAUACUCUAGUAAUCCAUAUACACCAAAAACACCUUAUGGCGCGCCAAGUACUCCAUAUGAAACAAGAUCACCUUACCGCACCCCAAGUAGUACUCCAUAUGCUCCAAAAGCAUCUCCAUACGCCUCUCCAAAAGUUUCAAUUAAAUUCAUGCACUCCAUAACAGCUUCAUGGGAUGAUAAAGGAAAGACCUAUUACCGUCACAAAGUACUCAUAAAAAACACAUCCAUGAAAACUGUUAGAGAUCUCAAAUUGAAGAUUGACAACCUAUCUGGACCAAUAUAUGGUCUAAUGCCAACAAGUCAAAAGAAAAUCUAUCAAGUUCCACCUCAUCUCAAAGCGUUGUUGGCUGGUGCUGAGUUGAGUUUCGUUUACAUUCAAGGCGGUCCUCAAGCCAAGGUUUCGAUUCACAGCUACGACUAACCACAACAAGCUAGGGAACAACAAACAAGACUAAUGAUCGUCGAUCACCUUAAGUAGUCGUCAAGGACUACAAAACCAUUGUUUUGCACUUUGUACAUCUAUUCCAUCAACUUGUAAGAGUGAGUCUUGUUGCAACUGUAAGGUUGCUACAGAAAAGUGAAGCUAAAACUGGAUACAAUUGACACCCUCUAUAGAAUACAUGCAAUUUGAAGAGGGUAUCUUGUAUACUAAUUAUUGAUUACUUACGAGCGUAAGGUAGCUUUGUUUGAUGAGUUUCUUUUUUUUGUUUUAACUAUGUUGUGUAUACGGAGAUGAAAUGAAGGCAUCCCAUUACAUCUAUUAGCAUGUUUUUGUGCAAGGAGAAUCAUGUGUAGAUUAAAUCUCGGUAAAAAAUAAAGGCUAACUUGAAAGAUCCUUGGUGAAAUUGCAAAGUAAUCAGUGCAACUAAGU